CAGUUAGAUAGCAAAUAAUGUGUUUGUUUUUGUCGCGCUAAAUUUUUGUCGCGCUAAGUCGUGAAUAACUAACAAACAAUGUCCUUUGGUCACGCUCAAAUCAUUUUAGGAAUUUUAUACACUCAUUACCAUAUGUAAUAACUGGAUUGUAAGUUCCUUUUCAGCAAAAAUCAUCUAUAUUAUUGUCAUUUAAAACAUGUUACUUCCUUACGUCGACUCGGUUUCUACAUCAAACUUUAGCGAUGUUUUAUUUUAUUCGUGUUUUAUACUUCACGUUUAUGCUAACAUUUUACCAUCAAAGAUGUAUAAGUGAACGCGUUGAAAUGAAUUUCAUGAAAGCGUUAGAAAGGACUUUAGAAGCUUCUGAACGAUUAGUCUCUUUCUUUGAAGAGGAUGUUGAUAAAGUAAAUCUUGAUGCUAUAUACGGAUUGCGAGUUGCCGAAGGAGCGUGGGCAUUAUGUUUGAAAAAAUAUCUAAAUUCCACCAUGGCAGAUGGGAAAAUGCGCCGUAUUUCCAACAGAAUAAGAAAAAUUCACCAGAAAGCGUCGUCAAUCAGUAAUCUUGCUCAGAUAUUUAUCAAACAUCGAUCUCCCAAGUAUUACGCGACGUUCAAGUUCGUCGUUGAUAAACCAUGGAAAUUUUACCGAGAUUUUCAAUUUAAUAAAAUACCUACUAGCAAUGUGACGAAUACAUCGGCUUUUAAGCACAGAGAUGAUUUUAGCGAAGGUACAUCAGACAGAUGCAUGUCUGAAGUCAUGGGAACCAACAUAAAUCGUACAAAAUGUACAGUCACUCGGGACUGUUUUAAGACUAUAACCAAUCAAAAUUCCUUCGGAUAUGGUCCCACUCAUCAAGUACUAUUUCUCACUUUAGCCAUAAUGUUUCGAUGUGAGACAAAGUAUUCUCCGAUACUCAAACAACUAUCUGGUUAUGACGUCCACGGGCUCAUACAGAAUCGUUGUGCUCGCGUAAUGAGUGAGUUGUUAAGACUGGAACGGUUGGAGAUUCCUGUGGGCUCACGUGAUCUUUACAUUGAGCAAGGUGUGGUAUGUGGAAUGCACGGGUUUGCAGAGUUCAUGACAUUUAAAAGACUUUACAAUGUCUUAAGUUGGCAAAGGAAAUAUGGAUGUUUUGGAAAGUCGAACAAUGAUGUUCAUAAUAGUCAGGAAACCGAUGCAGAUUUAAAUCAUGACCACAAAGUUGGUGAAGGAAAUCAUCUUGAUUAUUUAAAGUUGAUGGGCUCUUCUGACGAUAGAAAGAACAAAGACGGUACUCCUAGCAAUGAUGAACAUUCUGAUACACUGAAGGAAAGAGAUGGAUCAAGAGAUACCUCUGAUUAUAAGGAUGAAUCAAACACAGUCAGUGGUAACGAAAGCUACAUGGGCUUAUUAGGAAUACGUCAUGAUAUAUCCAUGAACAGGAGAGAGAGUCGAUCUUUCCGAAGCAUGCGCAAACUGUUGAUGGAUGUAACUGUUGAUCAUGGUUGUUCUUCUCAUGAGUCAGGAGUUGCUGCUGGAUUACUGGGAUUGUAUACAAAAUGGAUUUUACAAAAUAUUUAUACUGAGGAAAAUAGCUAAAUUAAGUUUAUAUUACAUUUAUAAUAUUAUAUACUGGCUCUCAAGCA